GAGGAUAUUGCGAAGACCAUGGAUAUGGCCGGCAGGUUGGCCCUUGAGCAUCUUGACUUGCGAAACAACCCUAUGAGUCUAGCUUUCUAUCCGCUUGCUGAUGGUGUGCCAGUCUGGACUUGGGAAGCGCGAGAAAGCUUUCCAAGCUUUGCCUGCGACCGCUCUUCAGAUCUUAUGGAAAAACAAGACGAUUCUGCCAUUGGCGGUGCCAUAAGCCGCUAUUUCAGCCGUCUAACAUCUGUUUGCCCUUCGUUACAAAGCCUUGACGGGUUCCUCGUUCGCCAAGGGUCUCUGAAGCAAGUGAUGCAAAAAAACCUGGCAGAUCAUCAGGAAGAAGGUGCAACUUCUAGCCACGGAUCUUUCCUUCCUGUUGUUGACCUGCGAGCUGCAGAGAAAGGUGCAGCGAAAGAGGGUCGCAAUGUGUCAUCCAAUGAUGUUGGAAGCAGAGAAGGUGAGCCUCAGCAAGACGGGAAGCCAAAUGUGCCGUUGGUGCCAGCUGCCUCCGUUGAGGAACUGUUGUACAAGGGUGAAGAGUUUGAAGUGCAGCAACUUCAUAUUGUAGAAAAGCUUGAGAGGGCGCAUGAAGAAUUGGCAAAGCAAUGGCAAGAGCUUGACACGGAACGUCAGAGGGCACAGCAACAGCAGGAGCAGCAAAGAGAGCGCAUUCAACAUUUUGCACGAGAACAAGCUGAACUGCAAGCUGGGAUGAAGGUACAAUUUGAGUCCGAAGUGCAGAAGAGAUAUGAAUGGGAGACACAGCAGCAGCAGCUUCUUAAAAAACGCCAAGAGGAGCUGGAAGAUCAGUGGCAAAAAGAACAGCAGAGGAGGAAACAGCUUUGGGAGAAGGAGCAGGAAGAAGAGUUUUUGAAACUCCAGCAACGGUUCUAUCAACUUCAGCGACAAUUCCAAGAGAAGCUCGAUUCUGCUUCACAUUCGCAGCAGGGCCCCAGCUGCAAUGAUUUUGAAGCUGGCGAAGCUCACAUGCAAAACAAAGGAGAACACAGAGAACUUGCGCAUGUGAAGGACAAUUCUCCGAAUGCAUCGCACACCCGAGGAUUGAGCCGGACAGAGGUGAAGGGAUCACCAAGCCGACCAAAAGCAUCAGAACCACAAGAAUGUCAAGAGACACUAGAACCACCAGAACCUGCAGAGGCGAAGAGUUUGGCAACGCUUUCAUCGUCUCUACAACCGGGACAGGAUUUACAAGAACCUUUGGCUUCCGGUAUAGACGAUUGGGAAGUCGGUUCCAGGUUUCCCAUGAAUCCAGAACAGGAAGGAUACGAGAUGCAGAAGACAUCAUUUGCAGAGCCAAGAGGGAGGCCCAUGCCACCGCCGGAGCACCGUGCCAAGAUACAGAUCGGACAGGCCUCAAGAACACUAGAGCAGCAGGCAAAGUCCAUGACGGCGAGAGAAAAGCCGGACAACAUUUCACAAAAUGGUGUCCAGCACGAGGACCGCCAGGAGUUGCCGGGUAGUGAUGGAGCAUUCCAGCGAGCCUUGCAUGGUCGGGGAAUAUGGAGUGUCGACCUCCCUGAGGAUUGCAAGGCGAGGGUGCAGAUGCAAAUAUAGUUUACACAUUUGGCUGAUUCUUCUCGUGAAAUGAUUGGCUUUGUUUUGCAACAGGUUCGCGAACCCUCGUUGACUCAAAGAUAUUAAUUUACUUUACCUAUAUACUAGGUACGGCGCUUGUACUAUACGGUUUGAUGACGAUACCCCAAGAGUGAAUGGCCCACUGUAGGUGAAUGGGCUUGGUUUUGGCAUUGACCUCGCCCCAAACAAACUUGACCAGGUCAAGCAACCAAGGAUAAGUUUAAUUUUUCGAUUUUUC